AUGACCUCCGCCGGUGAUUCGCCCACCAAGCGCAAGCUCUCGGAGACCCCGACCAUGGCUGAUGGCACUGAUGGCUCGUCCCCCGAGCCGGACACCAAGAAGGUCCAGUUGGAGGACGGCACCGCGGUUCCGGCCAAUCCCGAGAAGCCGGUCCACGCGCACGACUACAAGCAGAAUGGCAAGUGGAAGGAGAUCACCAAGGAGAAUGCCAACUUCGAGAAGUUCUAUCGCGCAUGCAACAUCGUCCCCGGUGGCGACGAGGGCUUCACCCAGUUCAUGGACUCCAUGCGCUCGGACCUCCCCUCGACCUUCCGCAUUGUCGGCUCCAAGGCUGAGGUGAAGUCCUUCCGGGCCAUUCUCGAGAGUCAGUUCAUCUCCAAGAUGGCCGACAUCCAGAUUGAGGGCAAGCCCAUCCCCAAGCCGUCGCCCGUGUCGUGGAUCCCCGAUCAGCGCGUCUGGAACAUCGGCCUCCCUCGACUGCUGAUCCGCAAGAGCCCCGAGCUGGACGCCUUCCACAAGUUCAUUGUCCAGGAAAACACCGAGGGCAACAUCACUCGUCAGGAGCUGGUCUCCAUGAUCCCUCCCCUGCUGCUGGAUGUCCAGCCGGACCACCUGGUUCUGGACAUGUGCGCCGCUCCCGGCUCCAAGACCGCCCAGAUCAUUGAGGCCCUGCAUGAGACCCCCCUGAUGGAGGAUGGCACCCCGGCCCUGCCGACUGGCAUGGUGGUGGCCAACGACGUGGACCACCGCCGGUGCCAGAUGCUGGUGCACCAGAUCAAGCGUCUCCAAUCGCCGGCCUGCGUCACGUCCAACUAUGACGCCUCCCUCUUCCCGACCAUCUCCCUGCCGGUGGAGGAUCCGGCCACCCAGCACCCUCUCAGCAACCCGCUUCAGUUCGACCGGGUUCUUUGCGAUGUCCCCUGCAGCGGCGACGGCACCCUCCGUAAGAACCCGGCCAUCUGGUCCAAGUGGAACCAUGCCAAUGCGAUUGCCUUGCACAACCUGCAGAUCCGCAUUGCCGUCCGGGGUCUGGAGCUGCUCAAGAUCGGCGGGCGCUUUGUCUACUCGACUUGCUCCUUCAACCCGAUCGAGAAUGAGGCUGUUGUGGCCGAGCUCCUGCGCCAGUUCCCCAAUGAGCUCCGCCUUGUGGACACCAGUGACGCUCUGCCCGGCAUGAGCCGCCAGCCUGGCCUCACCCAGUGGCCCAUUUGCAACCGGAACCUGGACUUCUACCAGUCCAAGGCUGACAUCCCGGCCGCCGAGACCCAGCACAUCAAGGACUCCAUGUGCCCGCCGACUCCCGAGGAGGUCGAGCGCAUGCAUCUCGAUCGCUGCAUUCGCAUUCUCCCGCAUGUCCUCGACACGGGUGGCUUCUUCAUCGCCGUUUUCGAGAAGCUUGGUCCGAUUGGCUCGGUCGAUGCGCGCCGCGCCGCCUACGCCAACGUCCCGCCCCCGGCCGACGAUGCCACCGGCCUCGACGAUGAGACCCUCAAGGUCCUGGGCAAGCUGCGCCGGCCGAAGGGAGGUGACGCUGGCCCGCGCAAGUCGCGCUUCUACACCGAAGACCCGACAUGA